ACCCGGGGACAGGCCGCGGGGGAGGGAGAAUGUCGGAGAGCUUCCUCAUGACUUUCAUCAAAGGGAAAUGCGAAGGGAGGCCGAGGAAAUCCGACACCGUGAUCGAGAAGGAAGAGGAGGAGGAGGAAAAGAAGCGCGAGGAAACGAAAACUAAGGAAAAGGGAAGCCAGGGGACCUCCGGCGCCCCGCCCCAGCCUGGGCCAGAAAACCACAAAGAAAACAGCCCUUUCCUAAACAACACGGAUACUGUAAAAGGAAAUGAAUACUACGACAGAAAUCUGGCCUUAUUUGAGGAGGAACUGGACAUUCGACCAAAGGUGUCUUCCCUCCUCAACAGGUUGGCCAAUUAUACAAACAUCACUCAGGGAGCAAAGGAACAUGAGGAAUCAGAGAGUGGAGACAAUGCCAAGAAGAAAGUAUUUAAGUCUCCCAGUAUGGGAACCCUGAUGGGAGUUUACCUACCCUGCCUACAAAAUAUUUUUGGAGUGAUUCUUUUUCUCCGACUGACAUGGCUUGUAGGAGCGGCAGGAGUCUUGCAGUCUUUCUGUAUUGUCUUCAUGUGCUGCUGCUGUACCAUGCUAACAGCUAUAUCAAUGAGUGCUAUCGCAACAAAUGGAGUGGUACCAGCUGGAGGCUCUUAUUUCAUGAUUUCAAGGUCACUUGGUCCUGAAUUCGGUGGUGCGGUUGGUCUGUGCUUUUAUCUUGGAACUACUUUUGCAGGAGCCAUGUAUAUACUUGGUGCCAUUGAAAUCUUAUUGACCUACAUUGUCCCUGCAGCAGCGGUAUUCAAACCUGUUGACUCAAAUGAGUCUGGUGCUAUGCUGAACAACAUGAGACUCUAUGGGACAAUUUUCCUUGCUUUUAUGGGCUUAGUUGUCUUCAUAGGAGUCCGAUAUGUUAAUAAAUUUGCCUCCUUAUUUUUGGUCUGUGUGAUAAUAUCCAUCUUGUCCAUUUAUGUGGGUGUCAUUAAAACAGCAGUCCAUCCUCCAGAAUUUAAAAUUUGUAUGUUAGGAAAUCGAACACUUUCCAGAGGUUUGUUUGAUGUUUGUGCCAAGACCACUAUUGAAAACAAUGAAACCGUGGCAACCCAGCUGUGGGAAUUUUUCUGCAACAGUAAAAAUCUAACCACGGAUGAUUGUGACGAGUAUUUUGUUCACAAUAAUGUGUCUGAAAUCCAAGGGAUUCCUGGUGUGGCAAGUGGCAUUAUAUACGAAAACCUGUGGAGCAGGUACAUGACCAAGGGGGAGAUACUCGAAAAGCAAACGUUGCAAUCGGUUGAAACUUCUGGGCCAAAAAAGUAUAUACCCAUCUAUGUUCUUGCAGACAUAACCACUACUUUUACCAUGCUGGUUGGCAUCUUCUUUCCUUCAGUAACUGGUAUCAUGGCUGGUUCAAAUCGAUCUGGAGACCUGAAGGAUGCACAAAAGUCGAUUCCUGUUGGUACAAUAUUGGCUAUUGCUACAACUUCACUAGUUUACCUGAGUAGUGUGGUGUUAUUUGGCGCCUGUGUCGAAGGUGUUGUCCUUCGCGAUAAAUACGGUGAUGCUGUUAAUAAGAAUUUAGUUGUGGGAACUCUAGCUUGGCCUUCUCCCUGGGUUAUUGUGGUUGGUUCCUUUUUCUCUACAUGUGGAGCCGGUUUACAAAGCUUAACUGGGGCUCCCCGAUUGCUACAAGCAAUUGCUAAGGACAAUAUCAUUCCUUUCUUACGGGUGUUUGGACAUGGAAAAGCAAAUGGUGAACCAACUUGGGCUCUUCUUCUGACGGCUAUAAUAGCUGAACUCGGAAUACUGAUCGCCUCACUUGAUAUGGUGGCUCCCAUUCUCUCAAUGUUUUUCUUAAUGUGCUAUUUGUUUGUUAACCUGGCUUGUGCAGUACAAACACUUCUGCGAACUCCCAACUGGCGUCCCAGAUUUAAAUACUACCAUUGGGCUUUAUCAUUUUUAGGCAUGAGCACAUGCCUUGCUCUAAUGUUCAUUUCUUCAUGGUAUUACGCUCUUGUCGCUAUGCUUAUCGCAGGCAUGAUUUACAAGUAUAUUGAGUACCAAGGUGCAGAAAAAGAGUGGGGUGAUGGUAUUCGGGGUCUGUCUCUGAGCGCAGCUCGUUAUGCUUUGCUGAGGCUGGAAGAAGGUCCUCCUCAUACUAAGAACUGGAGGCCUCAGUUGCUGGUACUGCUGAAACUAGAUGAAGAUUUACAUGUGAAACAUCCCAGAUUGCUAACAUUUGCAUCUCAGCUAAAAGCUGGCAAAGGUUUAACUAUCGUUGGCUCAGUCAUUCAAGGGAAUUUUCUAGAAAACUACGGAGAAGCACAAGCCGCUGAACAAACAAUUAAAAGCAUGAUGGCCAUAGAGAAGGUGAAAGGGUUUACUCAAUUGGUGGUUUCUUCCAAGGUUCGAGAAGGCAUUGCACAUUUAAUUCAAUCUUGUGGACUUGGUGGAAUGAAACACAAUUCAGUAGUUAUGGGUUGGCCUUAUGGCUGGAGACAGAGUGAGGAUCCCAGAGCCUGGAAAACUUUCAUUGACACUGUAAGAGUCACCACAGCUGGUCACCUUGCUCUGUUGGUGCCCAAGAACGUCUCCCUCUAUCCAAGUAAUCAUGAACGCUUUACUGAGGGCCGCAUUGAUGUUUGGUGGAUUGUGCACGAUGGGGGCAUGUUGAUGCUGCUCCCUUUCCUCCUCCGACAACACAAGGUCUGGAAAAAAUGCACGAUGCGCAUUUUCACUGUUGCACAAAUGGAUGAUAACAGCAUUCAGAUGAAAAAGGACCUUGCAACUUUCCUUUACCACCUCCGAAUUGAGGCAGAAGUUGAAGUAGUUGAGAUGCACGGCAGUGAUAUUUCAGCUUAUACAUACGAAAGAACUCUGAUGAUGGAGCAGCGGUCACAAAUGUUGAGGCAGAUGAGGCUAUCCAAGACUGAGAGGGAAAGAGAGGCUCAGUUGGUAAAAGACAGGAAUUCAAUGAUUCGUCAAGAAAGCAUAUACUCUGAUGAAGAGGAAGAGCUACAUGUUUCUCCUGACAAAGUACAGAUGACCUGGACAAAAGAGAAAUAUGAAUCUGAGCGAAACCGUUGUAAGAUGCAUACCCCGAACAGCUUCAGGGAAUUGAUCAGUAUUAAACCAGACCAGUCCAAUGUAAGGAGAAUGCAUACAGCGGUCAAGCUAAAUGAAGUCAUUGUAAAUAGGUCUCAUGAUGCCAAGCUGGUUUUGCUGAACAUGCCUGGACCACCAAAGAACCAGGAUGGCGAUGAAAACUACAUGGAAUUUUUGGAAGUACUUACAGAAGGUUUGGAGAGAGUACUUCUGGUCCGAGGUGGUGGUUGUGAAGUCAUCACUAUUUAUUCUUGACACCCCACUUAUACGUGGGGUCUUUAGAGGAGACAUUUUGGAGUCUGAUGUGAUUUAAACCUGAUCUCAGAAAACAUUCCAAAAUCCCUUCUGUUCUAACGAGUACUCCCUUUAUUAGUUCACCUUUCAGACAACGAUUCCCACGGCUCAUCUUCCAAGCUCUACGUCAUUGAUGCAUUAAGUGCUUUCCAACAUCAACUCUGCAGUUGCCUUCAGAAUACUGCACACAUAUCUAGAACAUGAUAUAAAAUAAUACAUUGACAGUAUUAUAAAUGUGGCAAGUCUGAAGAAAGUGGACUUUGUAAAGAUGUACCUCAUAUUCUUUAACUUUACUGGGAAUAUGCUUGGAUUUGGGGCUCAUGUCUGGUGAGUUAGUAUUAAGCUUUUUGCUUUUUAAGUUAGAGAAUGCAUUUACAUAACUUUGCUGCAUUGACAGCUUUACUGUAAUGCAGGUGUAAGAUUGUUUUAUCGAAGGAAGCAGCUGGCAGUUGCUUUGUGGCUUCUCCAACACGACAACCCCAGUAUUGAAAGACAUUUGAUAAGUUUGGCUGUUCACGAAUGGAUAGCUUUUAAGUUUUAUUUUCACGAUAGGCACUAAUUAUGAAGUUGAGGGAUCCAAACUCUUUAGCUGCAUCUUCCAAGGCUUGUGAUUGUGUAAUUGGCAAAGAAAGAUUCCUAUUUAUUUUGGUAUUUAUAUUUUUAGGAAUUGUCCAGAACAAAAAGCCACUGUAUUGUUUAUUUCUGUAGUGUGUACUAAAAAUAAUUAGGGCCAUCAAUGAGUGGUCCACAUUUUCGAAUGAACUGCAGUCAGUUGUGACUUCUAUGCAGUGUACAAUAUUGUUUGUCCAGUGAUGGUAAAGCUUGUAAUUGCACAAGAAAAGGAGCUGCUAUGAGUUAGGCUAAAAAUAUUUUGCAAAACUUUUCUGUUGGCUGUUAAAUUAUUGUAGUAUUUCAGAACUUUUCUUUAUACCAUACUAAAUGUAAAAAGUCAACCAAAUGUUAUUUUUUCUCAAUAAAGCACUAUAUCAAGUU